ACACAACUUUUUUUCUUUUUCCAGUUUUGUUCAACUCCUAACAACCCUUGCUUUCUCAAUAAUCCUGAGUGAGAAAAGAAAAAUAGAAAUGUUGGGGAAGGUGAAGAAAUUGGGUAGGAAGGGUAGAGUGAGGAGCAGUUCCGGGCAUGAAGAAGAGUACUUGCUGAAGAGUGGUGGUGAAGAAAAGACGGCGGCGGGGAGUUUGGCGGUGUACGUAGGCGAGGAACGGCAGCGCUUCGUGGUCCCCACCAGCUACCUCUCCCAUCCGCUGUUCAAGAUUUUGCUGGAGAAGGCGUAUGAUGAGUUUGGGUUUGCGCAGAGAGGUGGGCUGGCGGUGCCCUGCAGCGUCGCUGCUUUCCGGGAAGUGGUCAGCGCCGUGGAAUGCUGCAAUGGACAGUUUUGUUUUGGUGAACUUGUACAGGAUUUUUUGGGUUGAUUCAUUAAUCUAAAAAAGUUAUGAAUGCCCGGGGUGAAGAGUUCAAUUUUUUGUUUUUUUUUUUCAAUCCCUGUUGAAGUUUCUUGAGAUUAGGGUGCAGUGCAGACGUGCAGUGGUAGGAAAGGAUGUACAUACACUAUGAUUGUAAAUGGUCAUUUUCAUGUGGCUUCCUUGAUUAGGAAACACUCUUGUCUCGUAAGAGGGAUGAUAGUUAGGGAUGGUUUUGGUACAAUCCAAAAAUUCAAUUUA